AAAUCUGAACAGCGAGGGACGCGUGUUAGUGUGCGGGGCAUUUUCGCUCCUGCCGUUGCAGGGAAAAGAAAGGCCCUUUACCUCGCCUUCGACAUAGUCCGCCUCCAUGCAGACAAAAGCAGUCUCGCAAGAACCACCAUCUGGGCUUCGGUUUUUUAGAAACUCUACCUCAGCCAAAGGAACUACCUGCGAACAAAUCCAGUCAUUGACACGUCUAUAAGGAUGAAGAGAACGAGAAUGAUCUGGUAUUGGUUGCUGUCACUACCACUACUAGGAGCAAUGGUACUAGGCCAGACUUCGGACGACCACACCAAAACAUCGGGCAUCAACUCGGUUAUCACCCCAGGCAUCCACCAAGGCAUCAACCCAAGCACACAUCCGGGUACCAACACAGGAUAUGUGCCAGGGAUUUCAAGCGCUACCCUCGGCAAUUCGUCCAGUAUUGAAAGGAGGUGGAAAUGCCACAGGCUAGGCAAACUUUCGACCCUCACAGAACCGAAUCCGAGAUGCUGGUUCUACUGUUUCGACGAAUCCUUAUAUAGAAUCUACCGGCUACCAGAGGCCAACGGAACACCGUGCUGGGUGGACAAACACUACGCUAAAGGAACGUGCAGAUAUUCACGGUGUCGGCAGCCCAACAUGAAGAAAAGAUGGUGGUUUGGCAAAUUGUUCCGCAGGAGACCCAAGGAUUCCAAGGAAUAAACACGAAAAGAAA